AUGCCUCCUUUUGGGGGUCCCAAUGGAAACAUUGACUCCAUUGCUUCACUAAACACAGCCUCAAGAAGGAGACGAUCGUCUAAAAGGUCCAAGAUGCACCAAUGCUCCAUCUGCUUGAAAAUAUUCCCGCGCCCCAGCGGUUUGAACACGCAUAUGAAUUCUCAUUCGGGAGUCAAACCUUACAAGUGUCAGGUAUCAUCGUGCGACAGACACUUUACAGUCCGAUCUAAUGCCAAGCGGCAUCUGAAGACACACAAGAUUGACCCCUCUUUGAUGGAGGGCCCAUCUCAAGGCACCAGCUUUAUGGUCGGUUUUGAGGAGCCUCUCGUAAAUCACCAUGUUCAUGAUGCCGGCCGGCCACCGACAAGACUCAGGUGGAUUCCGCACAGCCUCGUUACUAGGACACAACCUAUCAUCGAGUGGACCGGCUCCCAAUCGUCGGGUGAGGGCGAUUCGAAAAGAACAUGCCCUGUGCUCUCAGUGGCGUUGCCGGCAGGGGAGCCCUCAUUUUCAUUAAACCAGGCAUCAGCCUAUCGUGAUGAUUAUGCUGACACUGGUUCUCGCCACUACCCCAGUCAGGUCCGUCUUCGUCCCGCUCGGGGGUUAAAUCGCGCUGAUUUCUAG